UUGUAUGUAGUCGCACUGGUCGUGCAAACAAUGCGAACAUCGGUGCUCGCAUAUAAAUUGGGACGCAUGCAGCAGAAUGUCCGAUAAUUUGAAUUUGUCAUUCGCGCUCAGAACACAGAAAAGUCUAAACGCGGCGGCGGUACAACGUGGCGUAUGCGGCAUGCACGAGAAAGAAAAUUGUUGAAGCAAAAGUAAACAAGUAAAAAUACAUACAUACAACGGUGUUUAGUGCCGAAAAAUAAAAAAAUUGGCGAACAGAAGUAAACACAAAACUAUAUAGAAAAAUUUGAAUCAAAAAGCAAAAUAGGGAAAGCAUUAAACGCCAAGCGGAAGAAAGUAUUGCAAAAAAAAAACGAAAAAAGAGCAGAACGCGCAAUCACAUUAGUGAACAAAGAACUGUUUGUAAAGUUUAAAAACUCGCUUAAAGUAAAUAUUAUUUUCAUGCACACACAUAGUUGAAAGCAGAGUGAUUUUUUUUUUGGUGUGCAAACUCAGCACUAAAAGGAUUAAAUACAUACAAGCACACGAACAUACAUUUGCAGCCACCAGCGAAAUUCAAAGCGCAAAACAAACAUAAUAAAUCAUAAAUAACUGCAAAUAUUUAGCGGGGAAAUGUUGCCGAAAGUGUUCCACAGUUUUGCCAUUGUUGCACUGCUGCUUUUUACCCUAAUGACAGCCAGCCAGUGUGGCCCGCUGCCAAAAGUGGACGAGCAACAACUUUCGAAAAUUCCGCAAUGGCAUUGUUUGCGAUACUUUAAACACGAUUUGUUGAUGAUGCGUCGUUGCCGACAUUUGCAUGUGCCAACGGCGCCACGCUCGGGCAAUGUCAAAUGAGUGCCGGUGCUGGGGAGACCCUGGCCUCCACCACCUUGGAUUGGUUUCGUUGCGAACUGAUUAACUGAAUGAAUUGAAUGAAGAGGCAAUGGGGGAGGGGGAGGAGGAGGCAGGCGGUUGUUUUGACUUGCGGAAGAGACGUCAAAUGAUUUAAGUAGCAGUAAUGGUAGCAGCAGCAACUAGCAAACAAUUUUUUGGUCGUUAUUUUAUACAUGUGUAUGUACAUAUGUAGGGGUACAAGCAUACAUUCACAUGACAACAUGCACCCAAUGACUGAUUAUCUCCUACAUAUAUAAUAUUGUGUUUGUAUGUAUGUGAGUAUAUGCAUAUAAUCGAAAACGCGGAAAGUCGACAAAGUAUAUGCAUUUAAUAAUGUUCAAAUUUUGUAUAAAGUUGCAGAUACAUAUGUACAUAUGUACAUAUAUGCAUAUGUAUGUAGCCGCACAUACGGAAAUGUUUUGUUUUCAGGAACUUUCCUAUACAUACAUAUAUUAAUGUGAAAGCGAUAACUCUUAGCAAAUACGAGGAAAAAAAGUAAAAAUCAUAUUUGUUAAAUUUCAAGAACAUUAGCUUAGAGAAAUUUCUAUAUGCAUAUACAUAUAUGUAUGUAUGUGUGUGUGUGCAGUCCUUCAUUUUAUGACAAUUUACAUGUGUGUAUGUAUGUAGCAGCGCUUAAUGCUGAUUAAUUUAAAAUCUAAAAAACCAUUAAUAAAAUCUAAAAUAAAAAAUUAAUAUUUAUGUGCAGAGGUAUGCACAUACUUUUAUAUGUACACGUAAAACAUAAGCCAAUGCCUAAUGUACUUCAAACAUUCGUAUGUAUGUAGAUGAAUGUUAUUUGUACUUUUUUAUGACCACUUUUUUGUAUUUCUUUUUUAAGCUUUA